AAUUCGCGCCAAGUAAAUCCACCAUCAAUCUUUGCGACAGACAAAUUUUAUUGAUAUUUUGUUACAAGUUUCGUUACAAUGGGUAUUUUAGGUUUAUCUAAGUUAAUUGCCGAUAUAGCACCUCAAGCUGUUAAAGAAAUGGAAAUUAAAAACUAUUUCGGACGAAAAGUGGCAAUCGACGCUUCCAUGAGCUUAUAUCAAUUUCUAAUAGCAGUGAGAAGUGAGGGAGCUCAAUUAACAUCAGUAGAUGGUGAGACCACUUCUCAUCUGAUGGGCACAUUUUACCGCACGAUUAGGCUUGUGGAAAACGGCAUUAAGCCUGUGUAUGUGUUCGAUGGUAAACCACCAGAUAUGAAGUCACAUCAACUGAACAAACGAGCGGAGAGAAGAGAAGAGGCUGAAAAAGAAUUACAGAAGGCUACUGAUGCAGGUGAUCAAGCAUCUAUAGAAAAAUUCAAUCGUCGUCUCGUCAAAGUAACGAGACAGCAUGGUGAGGAGGCGAGGGAGCUUCUCAAACUAAUGGGAGUACCCGUGGUAGAAGCACCUUGCGAAGCUGAAGCUCAAUGUGCUGCUCUGGUGAAAGCUGGUAAAGUUUACGCGACAGCUACAGAAGAUAUGGAUGCUUUGACGUUUGGUGCUAAUGUACUGUUACGUCAUCUGACAUUCUCAGAGGCAAGGAAGAUGCCCGUACAGGAAUUCCAUCUUGAUCAAGUACUUAAAGGACUGGAAUUGAAUCAUACAGAGUUCAUAGAUCUCUGUAUUCUCUUGGGUUGUGACUACUGCGGAUCUAUUCGUGGUAUUGGACCGAAGCGAGCCAUUGAAUUGAUCAAACAACAUCGUUCUAUAGAACAAGUUCUUCAUAACAUAGAUACAAACAAAUACCAACCGCCUGAAGACUGGGAUUUUACUAAUGCUAGGAGAUUAUUUAUGGAACCUGAGAUUACAGAUCCUAAGGAUAUUGAGUUGAAAUGGACAGAUCCAGAUGAAGACGGUUUAGUCAAGUUCUUGUGCGGUGACAAGCAAUUUAAUGAAGACAGAGUACGGAACGGAGCCAAGAAACUGUUGAAAGCAAGAUCUGGUACAACACAGGGCAGGCUGGAUGGAUUUUUUAAGGUGUUAUCAACAACACCAAAUCCUAAAAGGAAAGCGGAAGAGGACAAGAAAAAUGCAGCAAACAAGAAAGCAAAGACUGGCGGUGGCAGGGGAAGGAAACCUAAAUAAUCUAAAUUGGUAUUAUGUUUAUGUUAUGACGAGUUUCCACUAUCAUUACACAUGUUUAACAACAUAAGACAACAUGUUUA